AUGACCAAAGCAUCGCCCUUGUCAAUCACAGACCAUCUGCAUCUGGCCCCUCCAAGUCUCUACCAAAUCAAAGAAUGUGGUCACUUUCUCACGCGAAAGACAUUCCCGGCGGUAUGGAUGAGGUCAGGCACUUCGAAGGGCCUCUUCAUCCACCAGAAAGAUCUCCCAGCAUCAUCUCAUCUCUGGGAUACGAUUUUGCUUUCAGCUAUGGGGUCUGCCCAAGGAAAUGCGCUGGCCGUCGUGGCGAAAUCCAAGCGCCCGAAUGUCGAUGUCGACUAUACGUUCAUCCAAGUGGCCCCAGACCAAGCCAAAGUCGACAUGACUGGCAACUGUGGCAAUAUUGCAUCGGGGGUCGGUCCUUUUGCGCUGGAUGAGGGGAUCGUGAGAGCCACACCGGGACAGUCUGAAAUGGACAUCCGAGUCUUCAACACGAAUACCGGCCAGACUCUGGUUGAAACCAUUCAGGUGGCUCCGGACGGCAGCUUCCGCGAGGACGGCGACUAUCACAUCCCGGGCGUUGAGGGCACUUCCAGUCCCAUCCGGAUGGCAUUCCUCAAGCCUGGGGGCAGUAUGACCGGAGAGAUGUUUCCCAGUGGGGCACGACAAGAGCGAUUGACCGUUCAGUGUUCUGCUAUGGGAACAUUCACCGUGCGAGUCAGUCUGGUCGAUGCAGCGAACCCAUUCGUCCUCGUCGAUGCAUCAUCAAUGCCCUUCGAAGACCACGCGUCCUGGCCAGACCCCAGUGACCCUGAGUUUCUGAGCGUGAUAGAAGAAAUUCGGAGAGCAGGCGCCGUGCGCUUUGGACUGGCGGCAGACACAAAAGCUGCGGGAUUGGUGCGCGGAACGCCGAAGAUUGCCCUGGUGUCUUCGACAGCGAGCGAUGACGCCGAUGCAGAUAUCCAGGUGCUGGCGUUUAGUCUGGGCAAGGUGCAUGCCAGUCUCCAGUUAACUGGUGCCGUGUGUUUGGGCGCGGCUAUGGCGAUUCAUGGAACUGUGGCAUGGGAAUUAGCUGGUAAGGGAGGGCGUGUCAGACAACCAAAAUGCGGCAUGUCGGUCGAGGGAUACCAAAUGGCUUCGCCGUUGCCGGUUGGUAUUCGGCAUCCUGCUGGCGUGAUUCACGCCGAGACUGUGUUGGCCAUGGACCGGGGUGGCGAGGUUGAUGUGGAUCAAGUAGCAGUGUUUCGGACGGCGCGGCGGCUGUUUGAGGGUAAUGUGUUCUAUCGGGCAUGA